GGAUUCAGCCCUAUUCCGAUUACGAUCUUUCGAAAGGCGAGAGCCACGAGUCCACGACGGCCUACGGUUUGCACUUUCUUGAAACGAUACGUAGAACCAAGGACAAGAGCGGACGGACGGUCGCCGACUAUUUCGAGAAUCUUCUUCCUCGAGAGGGCAACGAGGAUUACUAUAAACGUAUUCGCAUGCCCAUCUCUCUGAAGACCAUUGAACGCAAGCUCAACAAUCAAGACUUUGCGAACCUGUCCGAACUCGAAAGCUACUUCAAGCGCAUGGUUACUAAUGCUAAGGAAUACUAUCACAAGGGUUCCGAAGUUUUUGAAGAUGCCGAGCGCGUGCGGAAGGCGCUCAGCAACUACAUGACCAAGACAAACCCGGCGUAUAAGUUGAUACCGGGUUACAGCUGCAUAGCUGCACCAAUCCCUGAAGAUGCCGAGUCGGAGCCUGAGGAGGCCGAAUCUGCAGACGGCGAGGACGAUGCCGAAAGUGCAGACGAGGAUGCUGAGGGCGAGGAUGACGAAGAGGAGGGCGACGAGGACGAAGAGGAGGAAGAAGAGGAUGACGAUGACGAAGAUGAAGAGGACAACGACGGAACCCGAAGAAAGAUCAUCCUCAAGCGAGGGCCCGGCAGACCUGCCAGAGGCGGAGCAACACAAUCGUCUGGCAGACGGAAGGAUAGGAACAGCAGAGUCAAAGCCGACCACGAGUACGAGGGCGUGCCCUACAAGAAUCUCAACUUCCAACAAGCCCAGGAAAAGAUUGUCGAGGAGCUGAUUCGCAAGCCAGACGAAGACGACCAAUACUUCAGGGAAUUUGUCCACUUACCGUCGCGUAAUUAUAAGGACUAUUUCGCCGUCAUCACGUCGCCGCUUUCGCUGAAAGGCCUACAGAAGCUAGUGAAAGGAAUUCACGGUCGACAGGCAGCGACUGGGGUCAGCGACUUCAAAGGCUGGGCAGCGUUUGAGGAGAAGGUCAGUCUUCUCUGGACCAACGCCCACUACUUCAACGAGGAAGGCAGUGCCAUUUACAAUCUGGCGACUGAACUAAAGGAUUGCUUCGAGAAAGAGGUGAAGGCGGCAAAGGCGGCGGUGCAAGAGCCCCCGCAACCGAAAAUCAAGCUCAAGAUGCCCUCAGGCUCCGAGACUCCGGUUGUGGCUCCCAAGAAGAUCACAAUCCACGUUGGCGGCUCUAGAGGAAGUGCUGCUCCUUCUCCAGCGCCCCCAACUCAGUCGAACGACUCGAGCCGCCCUGAUGGAGCCGUGGACGGUCGGGCUCCGCCUCCGGCGACAGUGCCCACUCCCGGAUUACUUGCUGGGCAGCCCGACAAGGCGGCGAGCCUGUCGGCCGCUGGCCCCUCCCCAAGCCCGUCAGUUCCGGGGUUCAAACACGAAGGCGUUCUUCAGCAAUUGCCGGUUGCGAUCCCACGCUCAAAUGGCGCUGUACCGAUGCCCACCAACAUGACAAAUGGACAUGCAGCCGUUGUACAGAUGAAUGGCCACCCACCUCCUGUUGCGGCGCCCCCUCCUCCACCGCCCCUGUAUGACAGCAGAAUCCGUGCUCCAGGUCGGGGUCUUGCGGAUGCUCUCAUACCGAGCCUCUUGCUCCGGACUCAUCCGAGCAUCCCGCUCGAGCGGAGGUUCCGCCUUGAAAUCCCCGCACAUCCCAAGAUUGCGCAGCAGAACAUUGCGGUGCACAUCCCGGGGAAUCACAGCAGGUUGCAACUGAUCCCCCGGCUCGCACCGCUCGAGCAGCAGCAGCGGCCGUACAAGUUGUUUGUCACCAUCAACAACCAGACCGUGGGGCGAGCGACGCCGCUGCCCAUCCCCGACGACCCGCUGCCCCCGACCGCCAUGGUCUUCGACCUCGCUUUGCAGCCCGGCACCAACCUGAUUGUCGUCACGCUGAUCGCCGCUCUCCCGCGGGGCCAUAAGCUGCCCAACGGCGCAGAGUGCGAGAUCGAGAAGAUUACCAUCAACGCCUUUAUGUCAAAGCCUUACUAAGAGCAAAAGAGAAUGAGAAAAAGAGCACAUUUCGGCUAUGUGUGCGUAGAUUGCUUUUGCCUGGGAUCAAGAAAGAGAGGUAAGGAAUUUGUUGGAGCGGCGGAUAGGUAAAGGACU